GGUUACCUCUACUACUAUUUAGUCUAUUGGACUAAAUAAGUUAUGAAACGGUUGAUCAAGCUUCUUCCUUUCCCAACUUCGAUAUUUUAGUGACAGUUACUAAAAAUGGAUGAAGUAAACUCUCAUGUGCUUUAUCUACCUCCUGAUAAUGUCACCAAUUUUUGGUUUUAUGCUGUCCUUGCAGCAAUGAUAAUUUUUUCAUAUUUUGUCGUGAGAGGGAUUAGAGAGAUUUAUUUUGAAACAAUAACCCCAAAUUUAUGUCGUGUUCACCAAUCCCAUAAACCAACAAGUUAUGGUUCUGAUGAGAAUGGAACGAGAACUGGUCCACACUCAUGAUAAACUGCCUUUAAUUUACUAUUUCAGUCGAUUUAUUUUUCGUUAUGUAUUUAAAUCGUUUAACAGUACCGGUCUUGCCAUUUCCCUUUCAAUUUAUUUGUAAGAAGAUAGAUAUUUUCCAACUACCUUGUUUCUGAAAAUAUUACUGUUAGGGGGAACAUUUAUUUAUUGUCAUUAAAGCUACCGUUCUGAAUAUGUAUAUUUCAUUCAUGAAGAGAAUUAUUCAUUUUUCAAGGUAUAUACAAU